GCAGGCCGCGCUCCGCCUCUCGUCUUCAUCUCGCCGUCGGACGGAGCGUCGCGCGAACGGCAGGGAGACAAAGCAUUAAACUAAUGAAUGGGGGCAGAGAGACCACAGGCUGGCCUGCACGUAGUGAACGGCUACUGAGCCCCAGCAGAGGCACCUAGCUGCCAGGUGACAGCUCUCGCCAACAUGGAAGAAUCUUUUGGUUAUUAAAUAUACUGUUAAAGUGGUUUUCAGGCAAUCAUAUUCAUUGGAGUUCUGAAAAUGGCAAAAAUACUCUACAAUUAAGAAAUGAAAUGAUUCUUCAUCUUAGAACGGCUCAAGGAAUGUCUGGUCGGACCAAACUCAUUACAACAUUCUGUUGAAAUUGGAUAAGAAAAACCUGCUGUCUUGUUUUUAACUUUCCUAGCAUACUUUUUCAUUUUCAAGUAAUGACAAAAGAGGGCACAGCAAUAAAGACUGGACAGAAUCUCGAAAUGGAAAAAGUAAGUAAGAUAAAAGUUGAAGAUGAUGACGAAAUGGUUGGUGACUUUGACCACGCACAGAUAAAGAUGGAGGCAGAUAGCAUCAAACAAGCUGAAAGCAGUGAUGAACAAGAAGACAAAGAGCAACAAUGUGCAGAUACCUCACAAACCUUAUCGAAUGAAAACGAGGAUGAUUACGGUGUCCUUUUUUCACAGUAUACUACCACACUCUAUGAUGCAGCGAUGGAUGCUGUUACACAGAGCAUAAUUACGAACAAAAAUAUGAGUAAUCGAAAAAAGUCCCCAGCUUGGAAUCAUUUCUUCAUUUCACCUCGGGACAGCACCAAAGCUAUAUGCAUGUACUGCAUGAAAGAGUUUAGCAGAGGCAAGAAUGAAAAAGAUCUUAGUACCAGUUGUUUGAUGAGACAUGUAAGAAGGGCACACCCUAGAGUUCUUGCCUCUGAAAAUGAAAAUAUGCCAAGCAUAUCCUCAUACUCUUCUCCUACCCUAGUACUACCUCUGCAGCCUCCUGAUGUUGUGGAUACCAAUGCUACCCCAACAAAAAUGAGGAGACUCAAAAUGUCUCCUCAAAAAAUAGUGGAGGAGUCGUUAUCUGUGAUGUCUUCUGAUGAAAUAUCCUCAGACUUGUCAAUAUCUGAAAAAAAUGCCAGAGAGGAUGCUACUGUUUCUCCUUCAUCUUUACCAAAUAAUCAGAGCGAUGAAGCUGUUGAAAAUGUUGUAGAAAAGCAAAUGUCAGUUCAAAAAAAUUCGUCGGGUUCAAGGAGAAGAUCUGCUGUUUGGAAACACUUUUAUUUGUCUCCACUGGAUAAUUCUAAAGCAGUUUGUAUCCAUUGCAUGAAUGAGUUUAGUAGAGGAAAGAAUGGAAAAGAUCUUGGUACCAGCUGUCUGAUCAGGCAUAUGUGGAGAGCUCAUCGGUCAAUUGUUCUGCAAGAAAACAGUGCUGGAACAAGUUUACCGCCUCCAUAUUCAAUCCCUCCUACACUGCUGCCGUCCCUCUUAUCAACAGAUAGUGAAGUAAUUUCCAAUGCAGUUUCUCCAGGAAAAAGUGGGAAGGAAACCAUUUCUGUACCCUCAUCGCCAGAAAGAGUUGCGGAAGACUUGCAGUAUAAUGGUGAAUUGUUGAUUGACAAUGGAGCAGCGGUUUUGCAUUCCUCAGAAAAUAUUGGUGAAGCUUCAAUAUCUUCUCCUGAAAAACCCAAUGCCUGUCACAAAUCGUUAGCAUAUGACUCGCCUCUUUUCUUUCAGCAAAAUAAGAAGGCUAUAAAACGAUUAAAGUCUGAGGUAUGGCAUCAUUUUACGUUAUCGCCUACUGACAAUCUGAAAGCGGUUUGUCGGUAUUGUAAUUGCAUGAUUAGCAGAGGUAAAAAGGGCGAUUUAGGAACUGGUUGCUUAAUGAGACAUCUUUACAGAAGACAUCCAGAAAUUGUUUUAAACCAAAAAAGCUUUGACAUUAGUCUUGCAAAUUCACCGUAUGCUACCUUGGCAUCUGCAGAAUGCUCUUCCUCAAAAGUUAUUGAGCUGUCAACUGUUCCACCUCAUGAUAAUCAAAUAGUUUUUCCGUCAAGUAGCAAGAAGACCUCAAAACUGUGGAAUCACUUCUCAAUUUGUUCUGCAGAUUCAACAAAAGUCAUAUGUAUGCACUGUGGGCGCACAAUCAGCAGAGGGAAAAAGCCAACAAAUUUAGGCACCAGUUGUCUUCUGAGGCACCUGCAGAGAUUUCACAGCAACGUGUUGCAGAAUAAUGGUGUUUCCGAAGCCUUACCGUCUGCUGAUAUACACAUGCCAGUAAACGCUGGUUUGGCAGCCUCCUCUUUUGAUGAAACCAAUGAUAAAUUCAGUGACUCUCAUCCUGUUGCCAAAAAAAUCACAAGUCUUGUAGCUGAAAUGAUUGCACUUGAUCUUCAACCAUACUCUUUUGUAGAUAAUGUUGGUUUUAAUAGACUUCUUGAAUACCUACAACCUCAAUAUUCAUUACCAUCUCCCAUGUACUUCUCUAGGACGGCAAUCCCAGAUAUGUAUGAAAAUGUGAAGCACAUAAUUGUCUCCCACCUAAAGGAAGCUGAAAGUGGCGUGAUACAUUUCACUGCAGGAAUCUGGAUGAGUAGUCAGACACGGGAAUACUUAACACUUACUGCUCACUGGGUUACAUUUGACUCUUCGUUCAAGCCACACAGCGAAGAUUACCACUGUUCUGCACUUCUACACGUCUCCCAGAUCGACUGUGAUUAUAAUGGCCUGAGUGUUCAAAAGCAUCUAGAAUACUUGUGGGAGUCUUGGAUAACCUCAUAUGGCCUUCAGAUAGGCAUCACUGUAACUGAUAAUCAUAGCAUAGGAAAGACCUUAAAUGAAAGUGAUCAUUCAAGUGUCGAAAGUUUUGGGCACACUGUUGACUUAAUUGUAAAUGAAGCUAUUAAGAGUCAAAGAAUGGUCCAAAACCUUCUGAGUAUCGCUCGAAAAAUUUGCGAACGUGUUCACAGAUCGACAAAAGCGAAGGAAAAAUUGGCAGAAUUGCAGAAGGAAUACGGAUUGCCUCAACAUCCAUUAAUUCAAGAUGUCCCUUCAAAGUGGAACACCUCAUUUCAUAUGUUAGAACGUUUGAUUGAGCAAAAAAGAGCCAUUGACGAGAUGUCGAUUGAGUGCAACUUCAGGGAAUUGAUUAGCUGUGAUCAGUGGGAAGUUAUGCAGUCUGUUUGCCAUGCGUUAAAACCUUUUGAGGCUGCCAGUAAAGAAAUGAGCAUGCACACAGCUACACUAAGUCAGGUAAUCCCAAUGAUCCACAUUCUAAAUAGAAAGAUUGAAAUGCUGUUUGAGGAGACAAUGGGCAUAGACACCAUGCUUAAGUCUCUGAAAGAGGCCAUGGUUUGUCGUCUGUCAUCAACACUUCACGAUCCAAGAUUCAUUUUUGCCACUCUUUUGGACCCUCGGUAUAAAGCAUCCUUAUUUGCUGAAGAAGAAGCUGAGGAAUAUAAACUUGGAUUAGUCAGGGAACUGGAAAUACUAAAUUCUACCUCAGAUGAUACACCUGUUGUCAAUGGUUGUAACAAGCAUUCACCACCCAACCAUAAGGACGACAAUAUCUGGUCACUUAUGGCCAAUAUAAAAAAGUCUAAGACUUUAAAAGAGAAAUUACCUGAAGACAUUGUGUUGGCUUAUUUAGAAGAAGAAGUGCUUGAGCAUAACUGUGAUCCACUAACAUAUUGGAACUUGAAGAAAUCUUCUUGGCCAGUUUUGUCAAAGUUGGCAGUGCGAUUUCUUGGCUGUCCGCCAAGUGUUAUUCCUUCCGAGAAACUCUUCAACACCUCAAACGACAGUGGCAGUUUUAACCAGUCUAGGUUAAUGAUGGAACACUUCGAGCAGCUAAUUUUCUUAAAAGUUAAUCUCCCUUUGAUUUACUUUCAGUAUUGAAAACAGUCGGGUGAAAUUUAAUGUAACUUACUGAAUAACUGAAUUUUGUAUGUGAUAAAUUGCUCCCAUUGGGGCCAUGUAUGACAUUUUAAAAAGUGACUGUAGUUUUCUAUUGUGUCACAAUGUUUUGCUUUAACUCUUGUCUUCAUGUGCCUUACUUGGUUCUUCAGGCAGCCAGACCUUGGAUCAUUUUAUGAUUUUUUUUUUUUCCUAAGGUUCUACAAAUGCUAGUCUUGUCAUCUAGGAAGUUCUGUCUUCAGGAUUGUAAAUACAUAAUGUAAAAAAAUAACUUUUUCUUAGACUGGGGAGAAAAGAUGUAAACAGUUUUAUUCUGUAGUUUUAUUUCAAGUAUGUACAAAACGGAAAGGUACUGUAUUUUAGUCUUGGCUUUUUUGAUAGUGUUUUUAUUUUUUUUAUACUUGUGUGUUAUGAAUAAAGCGGCAUUUAUAUAUCAGGUUUUAUUUCCAUCAUAGGUGCUAAUUUAUUGUAGUCUGUACCAAUUGUUGCGUUUUUUGUAGAUUUAGAAAAAUUCCUAAGAUCAGAAUGACUAUAUUCCAAUGGCAGGAUUUACACGCCACGGGUUUUGUGACCCCCCCGCCCCCCUGAACUGCAGUGGCCAGUGGCUUAAGGAGGUUGUCUGAGUGUUCAAUACUGAUGACUAGGGAUGAUCGAAUCUACUUCUGAUGAAACAUCUGAAGUCGAUUCGCAUAAUACUUUGUUUGAAUACUGUACGGAGCCAGUGCUCCGUACAAUAUUAGAAUGUAUUGGCUCCUAUUAGCAGAAGUUAUUACUUCGGGAAGUCUUGCGAGGCUUCGCAUAAUUUCAUAAAUUUCUACUGUGAAAAAAAAACAUUUCCCGAACUUUGUUUCGGUUCCAAGGUACCACUUGGAACCGAUCUACAGUUCAGGAAAUGUUCUUUUACAGUAGAAAUUAAUUUAUAAAGUUAUUAUGCGAAGUCUUCGGCUUAUAAGAGCCAAUACACUCUAAUACUGUAUAGAGUGCUCACUCCAUACAGUAUUCAAACUAGGUAUUAUGCAAAUUGACUUCAGAUGUUUUAUCCGAAGUUGAUUCGCUCAUCCCUACUGAUGACCUAUCCUCUGGAUGUCAUCAGUAUGUGAUAGGUGGAAGUCCAUUGCCUGCAAUUACCACUGAUCAGCUGUUUUUGAAGAGCCUGCAGCGCUCUGGUGACCUCACUGCUUACCCAGCUGUGCUUGAUAUUGCAGCUCAGCCUCACUCCCUUGAAUGGGACAGAGUUGUGCCUGGGGCAUGUCGCCAAUGAAUGUGCAGUCACAGGCAAAGAGAGGCUACGACUCUUUUCAAAUAGCUGAUCGGUGAGGGUUCUGAGGGUCAGACCACUGUUGACCUAUUCUGAGGGACAGGCCUCAGGAUUGAACACUCUAGAAAAGAGUAACCCUUUAACAAUUUUGCCUGUUUAACUGAGUGAGUAACCUUCAAUUUUCAGCUGCAUGCGGCAGCGUGUAGACCCAGCCAUAGGCUCCAUUACUUUGGCCCGGUCAGUCCCUCGUUUGUAAUAGAGAAAUAAUGUUUACAGCUUUGUCGUCGGUCUCUUGUGCAUUAUUUGGUCUGUUACACAAAUGUCAAAGUAAAAACCGCAGCAAUUUGUGGAACACAUUGUAGAAGAUGAGACUGUUUGCUAUUAACGUUAUCCUAUUGGGAAGUUUGUAAUUGUGCUAUUUAAUAUUAGAUGUCGGGUUUUUUCUAUUGCAUUUUUGUGGACUAACUAAAUGUGUGCCAUUGGCUAACCAGACUAUUGCACACAAAGCAUAUCUACAAACACCCAAGACACUCCUUAUACAUAUUUUAUUAAGUUCUGACGGGUGUUUAUUUUAUUUUAUUUUUCCUCAAAUUAUGUAAAUGUUGCAGUUGUACAUAUGAGUAAUCAGUUAUUUUUUAAAACUACUUUUCCACUUUAAAUCUACAAAUCUAAAUGAGUGACAAUUUGCUACCUUUUGGAAAAGUUUCACUGGUCCCAUUUUUAUUUUAUUUUUUUUCCUGUAUUUUCUCAGUUUGGAGCUGUAUAAUAUAUUACAUUUUAAUUGUAAUUUUUGUUCAGGAUAAUGUACUUUGUCAGUCCUAAUUUUUUUUACAUCAAUGUAUUAGUGUAUUUAUAAAUGGUCAACAGAUGUUUCUGAAAUUAAACCAUUAUUUACAGCA